CGCCGCUCGCCGGGAAGGCCCAGCAUGGCGGAGGAGGCGCCGCCCGCGCCCGACGGAGCCAGCGGAGCCCCCGCGCCCGCCCUGCCUGCCCUGGUGCCCGGCCUGCAGGGCGCGGAGGCCGGCGCGCUGCAGCACAAGAUCCGCGGCUCCAUCUGCAAAGCUGUUCAAUCUAAAGUGGACUGCAUUUUGCAAGAAGUUGAGAAGUUUACAGAUUUACAGAAACUCUACCUCUACCUUCAACUGCCUUCUGGUCCCAGCAAUGGCGAGAAAAGCGAUCAGCUGUCUGUCUCCUCCAGCCGCGCUCAACAGGUGCACGCCCUUUCCUGGAUCCGGAACACCUUGGAAGAACACCCGGAGACCUCCCUCCCCAAGCAGGAAGUGUAUGAUGAGUACAAGAGCUACUGUGACAAUCUCGGCUACCACCCGCUCAGUGCCGCAGACUUUGGCAAGAUCAUGAAGAAUGUGUUUCCCAACAUGAAGGCCCGGCGCCUGGGCACGCGAGGCAAAUCUAAAUAUUGCUAUAGUGGACUUCGGAAGAAAGCACUCGUGCAGAUGCCAUCCCUCCCCAAUCUGGAUUUCCCUAAAACUGGAGAUGGGCUGGAUGGGGCAGAGCCUGCUGGGCGCCUGCAGAGUGCCGAUGAGGAAAUAGUGUCCGCUGCCUGCCAGCUGGUCUGCGAAUGGGCUCAGAAAGUGCUCAGCCAGCCCUUUGAUUCUGUCCUGGACUUGGCUCGCUUCCUGGUGAAAAGCCACUACACUGGCACCAAAUCCAUGGCAGCUUUGGCAGUGAUGGCAGGCGCCCCUGCAGGACUCAAGGGGAUCCCCCAGCCGUCGGCUUUUGUCCCGACGGCAGAGAGCAACUCCUUCCAGCCCCAGGUGAAGACGCUGCCUUCGCCCGUGGAUGCCAAGCAGCAGCUGCAGCGCAAGAUCCAGAAGAAGCAGCAGGAGCAGAAACUGCAGUCCCCUCUGCCAGGCGAGUCGCCCGCCAAGAAGGCCGAGGGCCCAGCAAGCAAUGGUGUUGCCAGCCUUCCGAAUGGGAGCCCGGCCAUCCUGUCCCCUCAGUCCAUUGGCAUUGUGGUGGCUGCUGUGCCAAGUCCGAUCACGGUGCCAAGGUCCCGGCAGUUGGUAACGUCUCCUAGCCCGAUGGGCUCGACUGAUGGCAAAGUCCUUCCACUCAAUGUCCAGGUGGUCACUCAGCCCAUGCAGUCCAUCAAGCAGUCUCCAAAGACUCCCCAGAAUGUGCCGGCCAGUCCCGUGGGAGAUCGCUCUGCUCGUCAUCGCUAUGCCCAGAUCCUGCCAAAGCCAGCCAACACCAACGCGCUCACCAUUCGUUCCCCAACCACAGUGCUCUUCACGAGCAGCCCAAUCAAGACGGUGGUUCCUGCUCAGCACAUGAACGUGGUCAAAAUGACCGCCAUCUCGCUUGCCCCAAGCGGUGCCAGUGGCACGCCCAUCAAGCACACAGCCUCCGCCAUUGGCUCAGGAGGCGCAGAAGAGCCAAGAAGUCUCCCUCAGAUCAAGAAAGGAUCUGUGAUUUCACUCCAGUCCCCGGGAACCAAAGGUGGCAGUGGAGGCCUAGCUUCUGCCCCGUCUUCGGUCGAGGUCAAACUGGAGCCAGAACUGGUGCUGGAUGAGACCUUGCAGCAGAAUCUAGAGAAUGCAAACCCCGCUCAAGCGGUCAGAGUUACCCUGCUAACUCCUGUGGAUCAGUUGAGGACUGUGGAAGCUGAGGCCUGGAAAUGCCGGGCUGAGGAGCGUUUUGGAGCAGCAAGCUGUGACCCCCAGGAGGGAGAUUCAGAGAGGAAAUCCCUUUCCCAGGCGCAUGAAGCCCCCCUGGGUCCCUUGGACGCAGGUCAACAUGUCUCCAGCACUGGCAUCGCCCCCUCGCCUAUUGCAGGCGACCAAGGAUGCCCGAAAGGCCUGCGGAAGAGGCUGCCUUCUGCCUUUGUGGACGCUCAGGGCCCCCCUGUCAAGAAACUUUCUGUGGGACAGGCAUCUGCAGAAGCCCCCAAGGCCAGCAGUGUGAAGAAAGCCCAGCAGACGGGCGGCCUGCCUCUCCCUAACAGUGACAGUCCGGCUGCCCUUCUCCAGAGUCCCGGCCAGGCGGCCCUUCAAAUCCAGUCUGCAGCCUCAGGGAUCAGCCUGGAGACUUCCUGCCCCCUGGAUGCUGACCUCAUCAUUGCCCCCAGCGACUCUCUGCUAGAGCAGCCCCCAGCGGCCGCCUCAGCAGGUGUGGAAAUGAAGUUGGAAGGAGACGUCUUUGUCCUAGGAAACAGCUCCAAGUCCGAGGGCAGCCUGAACCCCAACGUGUGGCAGCACCUGGCCAAGGGCUCCCCCUUCGUCCAGGAGGCCUGCAAGCCCCCGAUCAGUGUUAUGACACUUGCUGGACCAUCCGACUCCGAGGACCUGCCCAAGUCCGCCUGGGAGCCGGUGCACUUAGAAGGGUUCCAGCAGACCGGGACAGCCUUUGGGCAGCCGUUACCAGAUCAGGUCCAGCCGCCCUCUCUCGACCAGCCUCUGCCUGGCCAGAGCUCCAGUCAGCUGCCCCUGCAGCAGGAGCUGAAGGACUUCGAGGAUGCCGCCUCCCAGUCCCACGAGAACUUCUUCUCCUUCGACGACGACCUGACCCAGGACAGCAUCGUGGAGGAGCUGGUGCUGAUGGAGGAGCAGAUGUCCCUCAGCACCUCCCACCUCUACAGCGCCUCCCUGGGGAUGGCUCUCCAGAACCAGGGGGUAGCUCAGGGGGCAUCCUUGGCCCCUCACCCCAACAGUGCCCACUUCUAUCACCCGAUCCACAGCAACAGCACGCCUGUCCAUACACCCACGCCCACCCCAACGCCCACCCCAACGCCCACCCCCACCUCGGAAAUCAUGGCAGGGUCACAAGGCGUGUCGCGGGAGAGUCCAUGCUCCAGGAUGGCCCAGACCACGCCUGUUGACAGCGCCCUGGGGAGCAGCCGGCACACGCCUGUUGGCACCCCACACUCCAACUGUAGCAGCAGCGUGCCCCCAAGCCCCGUGGAGUGUAGAAACCCCUUUGCCUUCACCCCAAUUAGCUCCAGCAUGGCCUACCACGACGCCAGUGUGGUUUCCAGCAGUCCUGUGAAGCCCAUGCAGCGGCCCAUGGCCACCCACCCUGAUAAAACCAAGCUGGAAUGGAUGAAUGCCGGCUAUGGCAGCGUGGGGGCAUCCUCUGUCACCAGCCAGGGAAUUCUGCCCGGCUACCAGGAGUCGGUGGAAGACCGUUUCAGGAAGCCCCAUGCCUUUGCUGUCCCUGGCCAGUCCUACCAGUCUCAGUCACGGCACCAUGAUCCCCAUUUUGGGCGAGUGACCCCCGUCUCCCCUGUCAGCAACAAGCAGGAAGGUUUUGCCGUCCCUGCCCCUCUCGAUAACAAAGGGACUGGCUCCUCUCAUGGCGGCCAUUUCAGAUGCCGGAGUGUCAGUCCUGCCGUGCACCGCCAGCGGAAUCUUAGCGGAAGCACCGUCUGCCCUGUCACGGCCGUGCUUCGCUCUGGAACGAUGGUGGGCUCUUUUGGGAGUCCGGUCCCCCUGGAAGUUCACCCCUCCUUGGCAAACGUCCAUGCAGACCCAAGUGCCAGUACCCUCGCCCAGCGCAGCCAGUCAGUGCCCCUGACGGUGAUGAUGGAGACGGCUUUUCCACAGCCUCAGAAGCAGCCGAGUUCAAAGAAGAUCACCAAUGUCUUGCUCAGCAAGCUGGACUCGGAGAACGAUGAUGCCGUGCGUGGCCUGGGCAUCAACAACCUGCCCUCCAAUUACACCGCCAGGAUGAACCUGACUCAGAUUUUGGAGACUUCUGCCGCCUUUCCAAGUGCCAAUGCCCAGAACAUGCCCCCAUGCAGCCCGUCCGUUUUUGAAUUCCAAACACCAGGUUACCUCGCUAAAAACAGCAGCCCUGAUCCGGCAGACUUUGCUUCUGGGGACCAUGCAGCCCAUUCGGAAGCUGGGGAGCAGCAGCUGGAUUUCAGCGGCACCGUGAAGGAGCUUUUGGAGGAGAGCAGCCUGCAGGGCAGCCAGGUGCCUGCCGACUUGACCAAUGUGGCCUCUGUCUUCUCCAGCGACAUGAGGCUGACCUCGGAGCUGUCGGGGAGCAUGAACGACCUGAACGCUCUGGACCCAAAUCUGCUCUUUGAUCCGGCCCAUCCACAAGGCCAAGACGACGAGGCAACACUGGAGGAGUUGAAGAACGAUCCCCUUUUCCAGCAGAUCUGCAACGAGUCCAUCAGCUCUAUGACUUCCGCAGGUUUCGAUUGGAUGGAGAGUAAGGACCAUCCUGCUGUGGAAAUGUUGGGUUAAGAAGUGUGUGCGUGUGUGCGUGCACGUAUGUGUGUAUGUAUACACACCUAUACAUAUUUGUGAGUGUGUGCGUAUAUAUAUAUAUAUAUAUAUAUAUAUAUAUAUAUAUAUAUAUAUAUGUAUAUAUGUGUGUAUAUAUACGUGUGUGUGUAAAUAUAUAUACACGCACACACGUGUGUGUAUGUGUGUAUAAAAUCUAUGUAGCACACUGUAUUUAAGAAAAUCUAAAGACAAGACAUACUGUAUUUGUCUUAAUGGAAGUGCCUCCUGCAGCAGAAACAAAAUUUGUGACAUUUUUUUUUAAAAAAAGAACUGCUCUACCAGCUGCUUUAUUCUUCAGCAGGGUUUAUACAAUCUUAACCAAUUUUUAAGGCAUUUCUGAAGGAUGCAGCCUGCUCCAGAGCCAGUAUUAGGUUUUAAAAUUUUGCUUACUGAAAAACAUGGCUUGCUGCCUCUGGAGGAUAAAGAGCCUUUGCGGGAGGGUAUCGGGAGGUAGGAAGGGAGUGCUCCCCACCCAGCCUUCCCUCCGUCUGCUCUGUAGGGCCUUCCAUUGGCAUCAGGGUUCAGAGAGGCAAUGCUGAAACUGGGAAGGUGCAUGGAUGGGUUGCAUGAUGCAUCUGGUCAGGAAGUGCUUCUGCACUCUGGGUGCAUAAAGACUCUGCGCCUUUGCUGGCACGAUUGGCACACCAGAGAGAGCAAACAUCCUGAUCACAAAUACCAUAUGCCUGCAGAGUGGAAAAGGCAGAGGGGGCCAGCGGGGCCAGCGUUCCUAGGUCAUUCAAUUGGGAGAUGGUCUCCGGCUGGCCUUUCCCAAAGGAUGGUGGACUUGGCACCCCCUCCACGGGAAGGUCCUGGGGGGGGGGCGGGUGCCUCAUUGGCCAGUUGCCAGGGAAGGCCAGCGGUAGACAGGAAGGGGGGAAAAUCAGCACAACUUGAGUCAGAUGAUGGUUAACUCCUUAUCAAGGGCUAAUUGUGGGCAGGAGCAGGAGAGGCUUCCAAGAAAGAAAAAGCAGCCCAAAUCUUUUAUCCCAAAUGGAAAAUUUAUUCUGCCACAGGGUGGCUCAUAUUAAGAAUACACCAGAAUGUUUUAAAAGCAAACAGUUUAAUGCUGCUUUUAAUGUCCUUGAGUAGGGAAGACUAGUUCCAACCCCUGCGAUUAAUAAAUCUGUUCCUUCCAUGGCAACUGUACCCUAAAAUGUUUGUCAGGAUUUAUAGUUCUUUUUGUUCACAUGAAAAACUAGAAUGCAAAAAUGACCGUGAUUCAGGUUUUCCUAACUCACAGGCUUUAAAAAAAAACAAAAACAUUUUUCUGCAGAAACUAGUUAGUGUUUCCAGGAUUGACACAACUGGCCAGUUCUUUCUUGAUGAAGGACUCUGGUUAACGCUGGAGGGUGAAUUUCCGAGGCCUUCCAUGGUAGGAACUGUGGGAAGCCUGCUGUGGCUGAGCCUGUCCUCAGAAGUGCUCCUCCCAGCACCCACAGGGAAGUAGGGGGACUGCGGGGGCGGAAUCUCUGGGGCUGGCACUUUGAUGCCAACAGAUGAGCAGCUGUGCCAUGAGCACUGCUCUUGCGUGGCUUCUCCGACUCACCAGCUCUGAGCCUCUUUUACCAGCACAGCUCCAGGGAAGGUGGGGUGGUCCUGCCUCUCAGGGGAGAGAGUACCCCGAGGCAGCCGACUGGGCAGGGGAGCCAGGCCAAGGAGCCUCUUACGGUUCAAGGUGCACUAAUCCCCUUCUGGGCUAGGAUGCCUUAUGAGGAGGCGCCCAGGAGGCUGUGCCCUUGCCUUAUGCUAGGUCAGCAGUGGGAAGAGGGAGAGGGGACAAAGUUGAGCCUCUUUCACCUCCCGUCUGGGGGCUGCCAAUCCACCCGAUCCCUGGCUUAAAAGAAGGUCUGUCUAAGCAAGCUUUUUCGGGUUUUAUUCCCAUGUAAAGGUGUGUCUUGUGAAGCCUCUGCAGCCAUGAGAAUCUGCUCCUGUACAAGCACAUGAAUGGCGCUGGGGCCACUUGUUUCUGUGUGGUCCUCAGCUUUUUCCAGGAUGGCCCAGGCCUGAUGACCCACACUGCUGGGCAUAUUGCUCGUGUAGAGAUUCUCUCUCUCUCUCACACACACACACACACACACCCCACUCAAGUAGUAUUUGUGGGGCUGUCCUAUGGGAUACAGAGAGGUGGAGUCAUUGGGGUGCUAGGUGUAAGCAGUGGGCUUUGGGCUUCCAGUGCCCAAUUCAGGCACCUGUGCAGAGCCCAGUCCCCGCCUCAGAGACAGAAACAAAAACUUCCGUUUCCUUUCCAGCAAUAGUGUAGCUGGUGCUUGGCUCCUUUUCCUGGGAAACUGGCAGUGCUUGGAAGCAGGGGAGCUGCUGGACCCAGGCAUGAGCCUCAGGCUGAAGGGGCUCCCCCCAUUCCAGCUCUAAUGGUGCUAGGGGGUUGUCCACGUGCUCUCCCUUGCCUGACCUUUCUGGGGGGCUAAGCACUGCCACAACCCAGGCCUCCCAGUUGUCCUUCCUCGUGGCCCAGCUGGCAGCCUCCCUCCCUGGCAUCGGGGCAGUCAAGGCGGCCCAGUUUUGAUGAGAUUUUGGGCCAUUCCUCAACCAGGAAAGGCAGGGUGUCCCCAAAGGAAAGGUUGCUUGUUUUAUGUAGCAAAAUUAUCUCAGUGAGAUACAGCUCCUCUUAUUCUCUUACCUGAGAAUCUUACAGCAGGAAAAGUCUGUGUUUGCCUCACCUCUUGGUGCAUCCUCACCCAUGUGCAUGCGGUGUUCUCUCGGCUUGCCUCGUUCGUGCUAGUUAGACUCCCGUCAGCCACCCCAUCCCUCCCUCCCUCCCUCCUUCGUGUUGGAUUGGGGCCGGUUCUGCACAACUAGAUUGGCGCGGGGAGUUGCCCGCUCGCUUCAUGAUCCUGCCAGGCUCAAAGGUCACCCUCGGCCAGACGCUGCUUCUUCCCCAAGCGGGCACAGAAGCCACUUCUGGUGCACCUGGACUCUCCAUGAACUACCCCCCCCCAGACCCGGUUGCCCAGCUUUCGAGGAGCGUUUCGUUGUCUGUUGGACCGCUAAAGGACAGUGGAUAGGUCUUGCCGUGUAGCAUUUCAGUUCAUUUUUUUUAUUGGAAGUGCUCAACAUUUGUUUUUUAAUGUUUUCAGGAACAAUAAAACAUUUUCUAUGAAA